UCGAGCGGUGCGCACGGCAGGGGUGUUUGUGUGAGCGAGCGGGAGGGCGGAGAGGCAUUUUUACGGGAGCAGCAGGCCCGGCGAGGGUUUCCGGGAGGUCGGCCGCGCGCAUGGGAGAGAGCUUGAGCGAAGAGGGUGACGGGACGACGGACAAGAUGGGCAAGCAGGAUGACGACGUCUCCCGCGCCGUCGUGGAGGACGACACCGCGCUCCUCCUCGCGGCGGUGGACAGCAUCAAGAAGGCGGCGCUGGGCCGGCUGCGCAACGGCUCCGACGCCGCCAGGAUCCUCGAUCAGGAGAUGUCCAACAGGCUCCUCCACCUCGCCUGCAGGCACGACGCCGUCGAGUGUGCCAGGCUCCUCCUCGACGGGGAGUACGGGAUCACGCCGGCCUCCGUCGACGCCAGGGACCAGCUCACGCGGACGCCGCUCCACGUCGCCGCCGACGUGCACUCCAAGAGGUGCAUCCAGCUGCUCCUCUCCAGGAACGCCCGGACGGACGUCAGGCUGCUCGACGGCACACGCCUCGUCGCGCUCGAGGUCGCGCUCAUGAGCAGAAGGGUUCAAGUUGAUUGGUCACAGGACAACUCGGUCGAGGAUCUUCUGGCUUAUCUGCAACAAAAGGAUCUGAACGCGGUGAGGCUUCUGGCAGAGAAGACCAGGGAGGUUGGGGAGGUGGCUUACAGAUACGCCAUGGAGGGGCGUGUCUCUGCACUCGCAAUGCUGCUCCUGGUGGCUGAGGAAAGGAUAUGGGUGAUGGUGAGCGUGGUGAUUGAUGGCGUCAGGACAAAGAGAUCAAUCUACAACUCUGUUGUGGAUGAGGUUCUGUCGAUUGGAGAGGCUUCAGCUAGAGUGGGCAAUGAAAUGAGGAGGAAAGCCUUGCUCUGUGAGAUUCAGCUGCUUAACCAAUUUGGGGCCACGUCGUGGAGGGACCGGAAAGUUGACAGGAGAAGCUUGCCCCCUCUACUACCGAUUGCUGUUAGUUUCAUGUUACACUUAAAUUGUCACUAUUCCCAAACUUUGCAAUGCAUUGAGGGCAUCUCCAGCCGUUCGGUCCCCCAGGGCGCCUAAAUAGAGCGGCCUGGGGCGUGCCGGCGCUAGUUCGGCCCCUGAGGGCGACCUAGCUCCUAGUCACGCCCCCAAGCGCCGGCCCCAGGAUGCGGGAAAUUUAAACUUGGU